GACUUUUCGUAAAUCGUAAUAUGAAGUUUUGUCAAUGAUUACCUAAACCUUACCCACACAGAGAUUCACUACACUUCAUUUCCAUGUCUCAUUCAUCAGAGCAAAGUCAAGAGGUGUUUUCAUGGCUGAAAUCCAUGCCUUUAGCUCCAGAGUAUAGGCCUUCUUUAGCAGAGUUUCAAGAUCCAAUUGCAUACAUUUUCAAGAUCGAAAAGGAGGCUUCCCAUUAUGGAAUCUGCAAAAUCAUACCCCCGGUGCCACCUGAUCCUAAAAAGACAGCAAUUGGGAACCUCAACCGUUCCCUUCUGGCUCUUGCUGCAGCUAAUUCAAGCUCCGAUUCCAGGCCAGCACCCACAUUCACUACCCGCCAGCAGCAGAUCGGGUUUUGCCCCAGAAAGCCCCUUCCUGUUCGGAAACCCGUGUGGCAAAGUGGGGAGUACUACACAUUCCAAGAAUUCGAAGCCAAAGCCAAGAGUUUCGAGAGGAAUUACUUGAAGAAACACAGCAAAAAGAGUACCUUUUCGGCUUUAGAAGUAGAAACCCUUUUUUGGAAAGCAACGGUUGAUAAACCCGCCAUGGUUGAGUAUGCUAACGAUAUUCCUGGUUCGGCUUUUGUGCCUUUGAGCUUAACGAAGAGCAGCGGGAGAGGGGGAGAAGCAGGGGAAGGGUUUACAGUGGGGGAAACGUCUUGGAAUAUGAGAGCUGUUUCGAGGGCAAAGGGAUCAUUGUUGAGGUUCAUGAAGGAGGAGAUUCCGGGGGUUACUUCGCCUAUGGUCUACAUUGCAAUGUUAUUCUGUUGGUUUGCUUGGCAUGUUGAGGAUCAUGACUUGCAUAGCUUGAAUUAUUUGCAUAUGGGAGCUGGGAAGACUUGGUAUGGUGUUCCGAGGGAAGCUGCGGUUGCUUUCGAGGAGGUGGUCAGGGUUGAGGGCUAUGGUGAGGAGUUCAAUCCUCUUGUUACCUUUUCUACUCUUGGUGAGAAGACAACAGUGAUGUCUCCUGAAGUAUUUGUUCACGCCGGGAUACCAUGCUGCAGGUUAGUGCAAAAUGCUGGGGAGUUUGUUGUCACUUUCCCAAGAGCCUAUCAUUCAGGUUUCAGUCAUGGGUUUAACUUCGGAGAGGCGGCUAAUAUUGCAACUCCAGAAUGGUUGAGAGUGGCCACAGAUGCUGCUAUCCGUAGGGCUUCAAUCAAUUACCCUCCAAUGGUCUCUCAUUUCCAGUUGCUUUAUGAUCUCGCACUUGAAUUAUGUUCUAGGAUACCUAUGAGCAUCAGUGCUAAACCAAAGAGUUCUCGACUAAAGGAUAAGAAAAAAAGUGAAGGAGAAAACUUGGUUAAAGAAUUAUUUGUGCAGGAUUUAAUACAGAACAAUAAACUACUGCAUAUUCUUGGAAAAGGAUCUGCAGUGGUACCACUUCCCAAAAGAUCUUCUGAUAUUUCUCUUUGUUCAGAUUUACGAGUUGCAUCCCAAUUAAGAAUAAACCCGAGGAUGUCACUUGGUUUAUGUAACUACAAGGAAAUAGUCAAAUCAUCCAAAGAUGUAGGCUCCAAUGAGACCACGCUAGGUUGGAAUGAAGAAAUCAAGGGAAUAAAAGGUUUCUAUUCAGUAAAAGGAAAACUUGAAUCUAUAUAUGAAAGUUACCGGGAUUCUUCUUUUAGUGGAAAUGAUUAUUCAUAUAGACUGCCCUCGCAGACCUUGAACACGGUCAUGGAAAGAGAUGGUGCCAUUCAAGAUGAUGUGUUGCCAGAUCAGAGGCUGUUUUCAUGCGUCACAUGUGGAAUAUUGUGCUUUGCUUGUGUUGCCGUUCUUCAACCAACGGACCAAGCAGUUAGCUACCUCAUGUCAGCUGACUGUAGCUUUUUUAAUGAUUGGACUGUUGGUUCUGGAGUAAACCAUGAUGGAUUCAAUGCUGCUCAUGGCAAUGCAAUCACUUCCGAGCAAAAUCCUUGUACAAAUAGAAUGAAUAAACGUGCUCCAAAUUCUUUCAAUGACGUUGCUGUUCAGUCUGUUGACUCCAAGUUUCAGAUGGGAGAUUGGAGUAACCAAGAGGUGGAAGAUAAUGUAAAACAGGGAGAGACUUCUGCUCUUGGUCUAUUAGCUUCUACAUAUGGAAAUUCAUCUGAUUCUGAAGAAGAUCAUGCUGAAUCAAAUGCUACCGUCUUUCAGGAUGCGACAAAGAUAAACUCUGCAAAAGUUUCCCCAGAAAGGAAAUUUCAGUGUUCUGGUUUAUCUCCUGAUGCAAAUAAGAGUCGUAAUCCCUCAUUAUCAACAGCUGAUUCCGAGGAGGAAGCUCCUCUCCAUAUUAGUUAUUGCUUUUACAAACUUGGAUCUGGAAGAGUUGACAUCAUGAAUCAGAGCACUCAAACAUUUGACCCUUCUGUCGAGUUUAAAACCGAUAAACUUAUUUCAAGAAGAUCCAAUGGUUUGGAGGAUAUGUUUAGAGAUCGAAGCACAGUGUUGCAUGCUAAUCCAACUCAGUCUCCAGCUACUUACAGCACAGAGAAAAUGAGGUUUAGCAAGGCUGUACCAAUGGAGAAUGCUGAUAUUCCAUUUGUUCGGAAAUCAGAUGAAGAUUCUCGUCGAAUGCAUGUCUUUUGUCUCGAGCAUGCUGUAGAAAUAGAACAGCAACUUCGCCAAAUCGGAGGAGUGCAUGUAUUUCUCCUUUGUCAUCCAGAGUACCCCAAAAUAGAAGCAGAAGCGAAGUUGGUGGCCGAAGAACUCGGAAUUGAUCAUCCCUGGAAUGACAUCUUAUAUGGGGAUGCUACUAAGAAUGACGAAGAACAGAUCCAGUCAGCUCUUGAUAGUCAGGAUUCUAUACCCGGGAAUGGGGACUGGGCAGUAAAGCUCGGUAUAAACCUAUUUUACAGUGCCAAUCUCAGCCGCUCAACACUAUACAGUAAACAGAUGCCAUACAAUUGUGUUAUAUACACUGCGUUUGGCCGUAAUUCUCCUGCUAGCUCAUCAACAAAGUUGAAUCUGUAUGGGAGGAGGUCAAGCAGGCCGAGAAAAGUAGUGGCUGGAAAAUGGUGUGGUAAAGUUUGGAUGUCGAAUCAGGUUCAUCCAUUUUUAGCUCAAAGGGAUCCUGAGGAACAAGAGCUAAAACAAAACUUCCAUGCUUGGGCAACUUCGGAUGAAAAUGUUGAGAGGAAACUGGAAAACAUCCGGAAAGCUGAAACAGCGAAGGUGGUUAAUAGGAAGGGAAAGAAGAGGGCAGAGAUCGCAGCUAACAAGAAAGUGAAAUGCAUUGAGCCACAGGGGGCUGUUUCGAAUGAUUCGUUGGAUGCAGGUUCUCUUAGGCAGCAACGGGUAGUUUUUAGAGGCAAGAAACCUAGACUGAUCGAGAAAGAAGAGGCAAUUUCGUGUGAUCUGCUUGAGGAUGAUUCUCUGCUGCAGCACUGGAAUCCCUCGAGGAAAAAAGGGGCAAAUUUUAUUGAAAGAGAUGAUGCGGAAUCGGAGGAUGCAAAAGAGGAUUCUAUUGAAGAAGAUGAAGUUUCCAGAGACUCACUCAUUGAAAGUUCUCUUAAGCAGCAUAAGAGAGUUCCUAGAAGCUGGCAGGCCAAAUUUUCGGACGGAGAAACUAUAGUGUGCAAUGGUGAACAAGAAGAAAUUUCUCAUUUGCAGCAUCGGAGGAUCCCGAGAGGCAAGCAAAUGAAGUCAGCCAAGAGGAAUGCUACAGUCUCAGAUGAUUCACGAGCAGGUAAUUGCCUUAAGCAGUAUAAAAUAAUGCGUAAAGACAAACAAAGAAAGCUUCUCGAGAGCGAUGAUGCAAUGUCAGACGAUGAUUCUCAGAAUCAACUUAGGAGGAUUCUGAGAGGCAAGCAAAUGAAGUGCAUGGAAAGAGAUGAUGAGUUUUCAGAUGAUACAGUUGAGGAUAGUCCUAAACGGCAGCAUCGGAGGGUUCCUAGUAGCAAAGCAGCCAAAUUUAGUGAUAUGAGGGUUCGUAGAAGUCAGCUAACUGAGUUUACUGAGAGGGAAGAUGCCGUUUCAUCUGAUUCUCCAGAUGACAGUCCUCUUCGGCAGCCUCGGAGGAUUCCGAGAAGUAAGCAGACCAAGAUUCUUGAGCGAAAAGUAAAACAAGUAACCCCUCGGAAUGCGAAACGAGCGAAACAUCAGUCAACAAAACAAGUAGUCUCUCAGCAAUUGAAACAAGAGACUCCUCGGAAUUGGAACACCAGAAUUAAGCAAAGUGCUAGACAGUGCAAUUCAUCUGACCAAGACGAGAUUGAAGGUGGACCAAACACACGCCUAAGGAAAAGAAGCCGAAAGCCUCUGAGAGAGCUGGAAGCAAAACCGAAAGAGAAGCAAUCCAGUAAGAAGAAAGUGAAGAAUGCUUUGAAUUCGAAAACUGAAGCUGAUCACAUCACUGCAAAAGUAAGAAAUGAAGAAACGGAAUACCAGUGUGACUUUGAAGGCUGCUCGAUGAGUUUCGGCUCAAGACAAGCUUUGCUCAUGCACAAAAGAAACAUUUGUCCGGUCAAAGGGUGUGGGAAGAAGUUAUUGUCACACAAAUAUCUGGUUCAGCAUCGUCGAGUUCAUUUAGAUGACCGGCCUUUUAAAUGCCCAUGGAAGGGCUGCAAGAUGACAUUCAAGUGGGCAUGGGCUCGAACCGAACAUAUUAGGGUUCACACAGGUGCUCGUCCUUACGUAUGUGCUGAGGAAGGCUGCGGCCAGACAUUUCGUUUCGUGUCGGAUUUUAGUCGUCACAAACGGAAGACUGGGCACUCGGGAAAGAAAGGUAGACGAUAAUUCGAAGGAAGAAAACUGUAACAUUUUUAAUGAAACCUGCUAAUCAAUUGCCAAUCUAGGGUUAGUAUUUCACCAUUGUUGUCAUUCAGAGAAGUGUUAAUCAUGUUUAAUCCUGGGAUUUCAUUAAGCCCAUUCAUUUACUUGCAAUCA